CUUUUGAACAAUAAACCUUAACAAAUUGUUUCUGCACAAAUACACAACUACAAAGAUUUCGAUCGACAGAAACAUAUAUUCACCCAAGUUCUGAGAAUUAACAGGUAGUUGAUGGUUCCUUCUCACAGCUACUAAAAUACCAUCCUUUGUAAUCAACUCAGCAUCCUCAAAGCUACCCCGCCACCACCAACUCCUUCUCUGGCUACAUCCUAAGAACAACAAAUCCAACCUCAAAAUGCCAUUUGCACAGCUUGUGCUAGGAAGCCCUGGAGCAGGGAAGAGCACAUACUGCAAUGGAAUGCACCAAUUCAUGUCUGCGAUAGGACGAAAAUGCUCUGUCGUGAACCUCGACCCCGCCAACGAUCAUACCGGCUACCCAUGCGCUAUCGACGUCCGCGAUCUAAUAAAGCUGGAAGAAGUAAUGGAAGAGGAUGAUCUCGGACCUAAUGGAGGAGUACUGUACGCGCUCGAAGAAUUGGAACAUAAUAUGGAGUGGUUGGAAAAGGGAUUGAGCGAACUGGGCGAGGAUUAUGUACUUUUUGAUUGUCCCGGGCAGGUGGAGCUUUAUACACAUCAUUCGUCGUUGCGCAACAUAUUUUUCAGAUUAGGGAAACUUGGGUAUAGAGUGUGUAUUCCUUCUGUGAUUUGGGAUUGUGGUAGGUUUUGUGCUGACUCUUUUGUAGAUGGUAGUACUUCAUCUUUCCGAUUCUUACUGCUUAACCCUUCCUUCGCUAUACAUCUCGAAUCUAAUACUCUCUCUACGAGCUAUGCUACAAAUGGAUCUACCGCAUCUAAAUGUCUUGACCAAAAUCGAUAAACUCUCCUCCUAUUCGCCUCUUCCCUUCAAUCUCGAUUUUUACACAGAAGUACAAGAUCUCUCAUAUCUCCUGCCACAUCUGGAGCAGGAAACAGCCGUCGGAUCCAAGUUCGAGGGUCUCAAUACCGCUAUCGUCGAUUUGGUGGAGAGUUUUGGUUUGGUCGGUUUCGAGACUCUCGCGGUAGAGAAUAAGAAGAGUAUGAUGCAUCUCCUCCAGGUUAUCGACCGAGCAGGUGGUUAUGCUUUCGGCGGAGCGGAGGGAGCAAACGAUACUGUCUGGCAAGUCGCAAUGCGAGAAGGUGUAACCACAAUGGAUGUAAAGGAUGUUCAAGAGCGCUGGCUCGACGCGAAGGACGAAUUCGAUGAGUUGGAGCGGAAGGAACUGGAGGAGCAGGCCAAAGCUCGAGACGAAGCUGAACGGGCAGCACAAGCCAAGGAAGAAGAUGACGAUGAUUUCGAUAUGAUGUCCAUGCCACCUGGAGAUAGUGGUGUAAAAGUUGUUAGGAAGAACCAAUGAUACCCUCCUCAGUCAUCGUCACUGAGUUCCUCGUCCUC